AUGGAAGCGGACUGGGAGUUGGAUUCAGACGGCGAGGGCAAGCGAUGGAGUCUGGGCCCGGCAUUCGACGAUGCGGGUCAGCUCUCAGACGACGACCUUCUCACUGACCUCGGGAGUACCGCCGCCAUUCGAGACGGCGAACUUCUCACUGACCUCAGCGGUACCGCCAUUCGAGACGGCGACGUCACUACGAGUCAUCUGGAAAGCACCGCCAUCAGCGGCGGUUUCACUAGUGGUGUCGCCGUUAGAAGAGGCGGCCAAAGUAGCGAUGCGAGCAACGGCGCGCGGAACAAUCGCACGUCGCAGGCCAACGGCGCGUCCAACCUUAAUGGCUCGUUAGGCCAUAGCGGCGCGUUGGAGGUCAACGGCUCGCUAGACCGUAAUAACGGCGAUGGCGGAAGCUCUGAUAGACCUGGCGGUAACGAAGCCUCGCGUUCCUCUGGCGCCAUAGACGGCGGAGCUGUCAGUCUAGGCGCUGCGGACGAGGGGAGGGAGACCCAGCUAAACAUUGCGCGAGCCAAGGGGUUGCGCGACGCGGGGGAGCAUAGCGUGGGGGUAGCUGCGCAAUCGGAAGUUUGCGUGAAGCAGAGCGGGGCUGGCGACGUGGGUGGCGGAAGGGGGGAAGCAGCAGAUGGAACGCAUGUAGCGGCAGUGGCGCCUGAAUUGGCGCCGCAAAGGGAGGAGCGGAGUGUUGAGUCAUCACGGCCGUCAGGCGUUUCCCCUAGUGUCGACAGUGCUUCCCCGCCUUCUGAUCCCUCCCCUGAUGUGGUCACCACCCCCACCGCCAUGACUGCUGCUGCUGCUACUGCUGCUGCUGCUGCUGCUGCUGAAUCCGAUGGUGCUGUUGCGGAUAGUGACCGAACGGGUGGCACAACGGGAAGUGCGGAAUUCGAGGUGGGGAGAGAGGACGAGAGAGAGGAGGGGAGAUAUGAGGAUCGAGAAGUGGACGAAGGAGCGGAGGAAGAAACUAGGGAUGAAAAGCAGGUGGGGACAAGCGAUCAAGGUGGAGAGGAGGCAUGGGAGAAGGAGCAAGGCAGCGGAGGAGCAGGAGGAGGGGGAGGGGGAGGGGGAGGGGGUGGUAGGGCAAGGGUGUCGUCUAGAGAGCUGCGGUUGAUGCCGGGUCCUGAUGUGCGCGGUACAGAUGACACGGUGAGUGGUAGAGAUGACACGGUGAGUGGUAGAGAUGACACGGUGAGUGGUAGAGAUGACACGGUGGGUGGCAGAGAUGACACGGUGGGUGGCAGAGAUGACACGGUGGGGGGCAGAGAUGACACGGUGGGGGGCAGAGAUGACACGGUGGGGGGCAGAGAUGACACGGUGGGGGGCAGAGAUGACACGGUGGGGGGCAGAGAUGACACGGUGGGGGGCAGAGAUGACACGGUGGGGGGCAGAGAUGACACGGUGGGGGGCAGAGAUGACACGGUGGGGGGCAGAGAUGACAUCCUGCCUUCUCUUUCCCCCAACCUCCUCUGA